CACAUACAAACGCUCAUCGACGACACCGCCAAUCAACCAACACCAUAAAAGAGUAUCAUCUCAAGCCUGCAAAGAUGAAGUUUGGGAGGAAUCUUCCUCGAAACCAGGUGCCCGAGUGGGCAUCUGCCUAUGUCAACUACAAGGGCCUCAAGAAACUCAUCAAAGCUGCUGCCCUGGCCUCACAGAAUGGUGAAAAGGCUGACUUGGCCGAGUUUUUCUUCGCGCUGGACCGAAAUCUUGAGGAUGUCGACUCCUUUUACAACAAGAAGUUCUCUGAUGGGUGCCGCCGCCUCAAGCUCCUUCAGGACCGCUACGGCAAGAUGCCCGACGUGGGCGACCUGGACGUGGAUGAGACUGAGGAGCUCAUGGGGGCGCUGCUGGAGCUGCGGUCGCAGUUCAGGAACCUACAGUGGUUCGGCGAGAUUAACCGGCGGGGCUUCGUCAAGAUCACCAAGAAGCUUGACAAGAAGGUGCCCAAUUCGGCCACGCAGCACCGGUACAUCGCCACCAAGGUGGACCCCAAACCGUUUGCCAAGGACAACACCAUCGCGCGAUUGCUGAGUGAUAUCAACAAGUGGCUGUCGGCCCUCGGCGACGCCCAGAACGUCGACGACAACAGGUCCGAGAGGUCCAUCCGCUCACUGGGGCGCGCCUCGGCAAAGGCCAUGCUGACCGUCCCCUCGGCCCUGCUCGACCAGCUGGACCAGGCAAUCCGCGAUGACGACGUCGAGACCCUCAGGGCACGCCUGGCCGACACGAACUUGGCCCUGCCCGAGCCCGCAGCGCAGAGUCUGCUGCUCAACCUCCUCCAGAGAUCCAUCUCCAUGCGGUCCAAGAGGUCCAUCGAGUAUCUCCUGUCGCACAUAAAAACGUUGGACGAACCAGAUGACAUCAACGAGCGGAACUGCAUCCACCGUCUGGUCAUCCACAUCGGCCGCACCAAGUCUGCCAAGACUGGGGACAACGAUGCGCCUACGUAUCCUUUCCCGUCAGGAAACCAUUACGCAUCACAGUACAUCACUCCUGCGGUAACACCUGCAGACUCUCCCCAGACAGAGACCAGGGAGAACCUCUUGGACAAGAACGACGAGGCUGUCGACGUCCUGAUUUACCUCCUGGACAAGCUGCCCGAGCACCAGCGGCCCGCCCUGAGCCUGAGGGAUUCGUUUGGCCGCCUUCCCCUACACUACGCCGCCCAGUUCGGAUUCGUGGUGGUAUGCCAGGUGAUUAUGGACAAGAUGCAGCAGUGGGGCCAGUUCGACGUGGAAGAGGGCAUUGACGCGCCUGACUGGCAGGAUAAGGAGGGCAACGCCCCCCUACACCUCAGCGUUAUUGGCGGGCAUGCCCUGACGACCCAAGCGCUCCUCCAGGGCGAGAACUGGCGAGGGCCUAGCGAGGACAAGACGGCCAUGCGACGAGGCAUCUCCAAGUCGAGUGCGGUCCUGGCCAUUGCGACCAAGGCCAACUUCACGCGCAUCGUCAAGCUACUAGUGGACGCGGGCGUGGACAUCAAUUGGCAGGACAGCUCAGGGGAGACGGCACUGCACAUUGCUGCUAGGUUCGGCCACGACGAGUGCGCGCGCAUCCUGAUCGAGGGCACGGAUCAGCAAAAGGCUGACCUGCAGCUUGCAGAGAAGAACUUCAACUGGACGCCACUGCACAUCGCUGCCGUUGACGGGCACCCACAGGUCGCGAGGCUGCUAGUCGAGGCUGGUGCCGAUGUGGACAGGCUCGACUCGUCCGGCUGGACGGCCAAGGAGCACGCCGCCCUGCGAGGCCACCUGUCCAUCGCCCGCCUCCUGAGGGAGAAUACGCGUGUGGAUGAGGUCUUGUCAACGACCGAGGGGGAAGAUGGACAACCUGCCACCAACGCAGGAACCUCGCCUCCAGAGGUCUCCUCGCUGGGCGACAGGCGAUCUAAUGCGGUCGCCUCCUCAUUACGCGCCGCUGAGCCCGUCAAGACAUUUGGUCACCGAUACCUCAAGGACGAGAGCUUGGUCCUGGUCAGCCUUGGCUCCAUGGACAUGCGCAAGGACGUCGACGCUGUUAAGCUGGACCGUGUUCCUCUAACCGAGGCACACACGACGCAGCUGGACACGGCGCUAUCGGUGGUGGUCUCGGCCAACGGAGCCCAGGGCGAGCCAACCAUCAUCGACCUCCCCGUGCACGAGAACAUCGCCACAGAGCCCAUCGUGUUCAUGACGCGCGAUGCCGCCAAGGUGAAGCUGCUCUUCGAUAUCGUGCCGACCUACUCAGGCAACGAGAAGAACAAGAUCGGCAGAGGAGUCGCCCUCCUGUCCAGCGUGCGGCCCUCGGUCGGGUCCAAGCGCAUGAACCUCCAGGGCGACGUGUGCGUGCCCGUCAUGUCGUCCGCCACGCUCGAGGUCAUCGGUACCGUCAACUUCAACUUCCUCGUCGUCACGCCCUUUGCUCACGCCAACAUGGAGGUCACGUCGCGCCAGACGUACUGGAAGAAGCUGGCGUCCACCAUGGUCAUUGGCCACCGAGGGCUUGGCAAGAAUGUCACCAGCAACAGGUCGCUCCAGCUGGGCGAGAACACGGUCGAGUCCUUCAUCGCCGCUGCUAACCUGGGCGCCCAGUAUGUCGAGUUUGACGUCCAGCUGACAAAGGAUCAUGUGCCCGUCAUCUAUCACGACUUCCUCGUCAGCGAGACGGGCAUCGACGCCCCUGUGCACACCUUGACCCUCGAGCAGUUCCUGCACAUUAACCCAGACGCAAGGCGGCUUAACGGGAAAGAGAUGCUCAAUGGCGUCACUACUACUACCACUACUACUACCACCACCGCCGCCCACAACAACGGCAUUGUCCAACAUCACCACCACCACCACCAUCACCACGGCGUUGGCUCUUCCGGCCCACGACAGCGGUCCAUGUCAGUCGGAUACGGCAGCAAGCCACUGAGUGACGGACGGGCAGCAGUAGCAGCAGACGAGCGGAUGAAGCAUACACGCGACUUCAAGGAGAAGGGCUACAAGGGCAACUCGCGCGGUAACUUCAUCCAGGCCCCCUUCGCGACUCUCGAGGACCUGUUCCGCGACCUCCCUCAGGGCGUGGGCUUCAACAUCGAGAUGAAGUAUCCGAUGCUGCACGAGAGUGAGGAGCACGAAAUGGACGCCUACGCCGUCGAGCUCAAUUCAUUCUGCGACACCGUCCUCACAAAGGUCUAUGACCUCGCCGAGGACCGCCACAUCAUCUUCAGCAGCUUCAACCCGGACAUCUGCCUUUGUCUCAGCUUCAAGCAGCCCAACUUCCCCAUCAUGUUCCUCUCCGACUCUGGGACCAGCCCUGUCGGUGAUGUCCGCGCAAGCUCUCUGCAGGAGGCUAUUCGCUUCGCCAGUCGCUGGAAUCUGCUGGGCAUCGUGAGCAAUACGGAGCCCUUUACCAACUCGCCGCGCCUGGUGAGGGUUGUGAAGCAGCAUGGUCUUGUCUGUGUCAGCUAUGGUUCGGAGAACAACGAUCCACUUAUGGUGCAGCGCCAAGUCAAAGAGGGCAUCGACGCCGUCAUCGUAGAUAGCGUCCUCGCCAUCCGCAAGGGUCUCACUGAGCACGAGAGCAAGGCAGCCGCGGCGCUGCCUCCUUCACCACUCCGUGGAUCCUCGGAGGAUGGCGGCAGUGGCAGUGAGACGGUGGCGAAUAAUGUGGAUUUUGUUAAGGGGGGCGUGAAAGUUGCGAAUUAGACACCCGCCCACUCUCUAGAAAGGGAAGGAGUUGUUUGCAAUAUUCUUUAAAGGCAUAGAGGGUGCUUUGGCAAUUCGAGGAGGGUUUAAAGACAGAUACAGGAUAGGGACAUGCUCGCGGAAGUUGAGCACUGGGGACGCAACGGAACCCAAGAAACCCGUACAGAUCGAGACGGAAAAGAUAUGCGCAACUGGAGUGCAAGAAGCGGGGGGUAGAAGAAGAAGAAGAAGAAGAAGAAGAAGCAGAAACACGGCUGGGCCCUUUGGCAAGCCAGCCGCGACGUAAGCAUUACUCACGGUGUUGUUGGUAUUUUUCCUUUUUCUAUUCCUUUCUUCUCCCUCGAAACCUCGAUUCAUGAAUAGGAGAAUAUCAUGCACGUAUGUACAUCUAAUGAAUGAACCUGGCGGGGGCGCAGGCGAAUGUGUGCCCCCUUGGAUCUUGGUCCUGAACCCCGGGACUGUUCACUUGGUUCUUCUUUCUCUCUUUCC